AUGGCGGAGACUGAAGUCAAGUGUGCGGAUGACCUCGAGAAACAUGUAAUGAAGGUUUUCGAGGAGGCCACCAAAGACUGUGAGGACAAGGAAUUAAAUGAGAUAUUUGACAUGAUUAGGAACUAUGACGACCUUAACGAGUAUGCAAUAUCGGUGUUCAAUUCCAUGGCAAAUGACAAGUUUAUUGAGGUAGCUAGAGAGCUCUUUAAGCCUCGCUCUGAGUCUGAGUCGACUGCCGUACUGCCUGAUGUGGCCAUCUACACCGUUGUCAUUUGGGCCUGCAUCUCUGCCGGCAAGAUCAUGGCUGCUCACAGGGUCUACCACCACAUGAUAGCCAACGGUGUCGCCCCCACCUCCUGCACUUACAUUAUUCUCAUCAACACACUUGCAACAAACUCAUCUUCUGAUGUCAGUUUUGUUGGGUAUGCCAAGAAGUAUUUUUUGGAAAUGUUGGAUAAGGGGAUGACGCCUAUUUCGUCCUCCUACAUGGCCGUCUUCAAAGCCAUUGCUCGCCAGGAGCCGGUGGAGAAGGCCAGGGAGUUCCUUGAGCAGAUACAAACAAAGGGGUUCAGCCCUAAGUUGGAUGUUCCUCACUUUGAUGUGGCCUACAUGGAAGAAGCAAUGAAUGCGUUGAAGAUGUCUGAUGUUCUUAUCAACGCCACCACUGACAACAAGUUGCAAAAACUCUACCGUGAGUGGAGCACCACCCGCAAACCCCUCAGGGAUGAGUUUCCGAAGAUGUACAAAGCCUUGAAAGCCGAUGGCAAUGAUGACCAGGCCAUGGAGCUCUAUAGGCGCGCUUGGGAUACAAACAUAAUUCCAGAGGUCGUACUUCACACCGGUGUUAUUGAAGACUGUCUCAAGGCUGGCAACACCGAGUGUGCUCUGAAGGCUUACAGGACCAUGUUAGCUACUGGGGUUGCCCCAAACUCCUAUACAUACACUGUUUUAAUCAAGGGACUCACUGCUGACCCCCACUUCGUUGAAGAUGCCAAGAAGUGCUUGCUUGAGAUGAUGGACAAGGGAAUGAGGCCCAAUGCUGCUACCUACACUGCAGUCAUAGAAGGUUUUGCAAGGCAAGAGGACAAGGAAGCUGAGGAGGAGGGUAAACAGUUCGUGGAGGUCAUGAUGGAUAAGGGGCUUGAGCCAAACGUAAAGGCUAUGAUGGAGGUUUUAAAGGGAAGACCAAAAGGUGUUAUAAGAAGGGUCAUCAGCAUUGUUCUUUCCAAGUUGAAGGGCUGA